AUGACCGCGGCCACCGCGCCGUCUCCAUCUCCAGCUCCCUCCGCACCAUCCCAACACGCACCCACCCCUACGCGUCAAUCGCCCGUCGCAUCGGAUGGAUCGUCGUCGCGUCGUCACGAUGGCGCUUCCACCUCAGCAUCGUCUGUCAAGGUGACAACAACUCUUGCUGCGAGCAACCUAGGCACGCUCGCCAAGCCCAUUGACCUCGCCUCGCCACCUGCCUCGCCAACAUUGGUCGCCACGUCUGACAAUACGUCCGUGGCCGUCGUCGCGUCCGACUCGACGCGUUCUCUGCAUCAACCAUCGCUGUCGCCAUCUGCCGCCACCCAGUCGUUGUCCAGUGCGAACGCAGUACCAGCGUCGCGUUCCAACGAUUCGUCGACGACGUUGCCGCGACCGUCAUAUGCAAAUGCAUUACCGACCUCGAACUGGUUGUUGCCUCCGACGCCUCUAGGCAACGCCAGCGAGCGAUCUAGCACAGCUUCGCCCUCUACGAUCAAGUCGGUUCAGCUGCCUGCGCCUUACAAAGCUCCCAGGACAGCGCAAGUUGGAGCUUCGGAAUCAUUUGCUACCGCCUAUCCAACACAGGAGACGCGUCAAAAGUAUGCUUCACCAUCCAAACCGCUGCCCACCACAUCGGGCAUCGCUCUGUCACACAAGCGCUCUUGGCAACCGUCAGGGUCUGUCGAUCUCUCGAACAAAAAGUUUCGUCCGAUGGCUGACGCAAUCUCGCCGUCACCGCAGGCCGCCACUUCUCCAGCUCUCUUUGGCCAAACUGUUCUCGCGUCCCUCCCAGCAGCUUCCAAGGUGGUCCCUGCUGCUGCCACUGCCACUAGCACUGCUUCGCCGCACGCAUCCACAUUGUUCAGUUCGAGUCCGCUUUCGACAGCAUCCAUUUCAAACACCAAUCAGAACACGUCUUCGGGCGUAACGGUGACCAACAUACCCAAGCCCGGCAGCUCGAUCUCAAAUCAGGCAGGCAUGGGCCCGCUCAAUCUUAUACCCGCAGUCUCUGGCUCCCAACUACCAGCCACGGUCCGAGACGAGUACUUGUCCUUACUUGAAAAGUCUGAGCUCAUCGACUUGGUCAAACAGCUCGAGAAACAGCUCAUCAAUCUCGUUGAAGCGCCUUUGGGUUCAUCUGCUCUCUACCACCACGCUCGUAUCUAUCCUGACCAGAUUAACAUACAGAUCGACAGACUAAAAGCUCGCCAGCGAGCCGAGGCCGUCCCCACCGCGUCCACUACGGAUCUGAGCCUGAGCCUCAAGGAUGUUUACUCGCUGCUCAACGCUACUUCACGUCCUACUGGCAGCACUAUUCCGCGCUCUUCCACCUCGAACACAACCUCGGCGUCGGCGCUUCCCGGUCGACCCACAUACACCGCUCCCACUGGCCCUCGCAGGCCUCUACCCGUGGCGCCGACUGCCUCGGCCGCAGCAAACGCAGCUCGGUUCUUUGGCACAGCUGGACACAAGGCGCCAUCCGCCAAGGACUCCCAAACUGCAUCGCUCUCCAACCUGAUUAGCUCCAUCACUGCCAUGGCUCGCCAACAAAACCAACCCGCGCGCGGUCCGAAUGGCGCACCGCUUCCGCCAGCACAGACACUUUCGGCUGGAUCAGCACCUCGUUCUGCUGUCGCGCCAGCUGGCCAAGUAUCCCGACUCACACCGACUGCUUUGCACAACAUCGUUGGAGAUGGUCCCAUGCCUUCCAACGCUGCGCUAGCUGCGGCUAUCACCGCCCACUUUGGCGGCAAUCAGCCUGCUAAAGGCGCCACAGCAUCGCGCCCCGGAGCUGCGUUUUUAUCUGCUACAUCCGGUGCAAGCGCAGCUCCAACCGCCUCACCGGCAGCAGUGAAGGUCACAUCGCAGGUCGGCUCGGCAGCUUCAAACGCUCCGAAUGCUUCGAUCGCGGCGAGUAGCACCACUUGCGCUCCUGGGCCAGCAUCGAAUGCCAGCAAGGAUAUCUCGGAAAAGAUUGCUGCGAUUCUUGGUUCUUCGUCGACAUCGCAGACCACCAUGCUGGGUCCUCAAGGUUUGCCAUUGGCUCCUGCAGCCACUGCCUCAGGGUCAGGCGCUGGCUCAGGGGCGGUGCCGCUUGGCAGCAUCGCUGCUAUGUUGUCUAGCUUUGCCGGUCAAACAAGCGCCUCGAAUGUGCCGACAGGCUCUGCUGAUGCAAGCGCUCGUACCAGCACUCCAGCUGCUCAAGGUCAAGGAAGUGCGCUGUCGAGUUUGUUGCAGCAGCUCGAGGAGGCCAAGAAAAAGUUACCACCUCCGGCGACCGCUUCGGCCGCUUCAGGCAACGUCUCAGUAGCACCACAGGCAUCGUCACUAUCUUCGAUCCCAUCUAGAGUCAAUGAUCCGGUUGCAGUCUUGACUGGGGCUAGUGCGAAUCCCAUUUUCACUCCGACCUACGGAAUGGGUGCAAGCACGCUAUCUUCGCGUAUGAUGGGUGGAUAUCGCAUACCGUCCUGGUCGCCAGAGCCGGAGCCUGUGAUUGUUCAAGGUCCACUGGGCACUAGUGCGCUGCCAUCGUACGAGGACAUGAUUGCCGAAGGGCUUCGUAUCAUGGGUCAGGCUCCUCCACGCACCUUGUUCAAUUGGAUGCAGGACACGUAUCCACUCACGAGAAAGUUUCGUCCAUCUGCGCACCAAGCACUGCAGAAGGCGUUUAAGCGUGGCAGGCUUUUGAAGACCGGCGGUCUGUACCGCCUCAAUCCGUCGUGGUCGGCGCCAGGCGAGUCGAGGAAGCCUACACGCAGACCUCAAGUGGAACAAGACCAUCCUAUGGUUAGGCCUGGUCUGAACGGCGAAGUGCUGGCAGUGAAUCCACUCAAGGACAGCCAGGCCUACCGCAAUGUUGGUGAUUCUGGACUUCGCCCACCCAAAGCCCAGCGGAUGUGCCCUCGACCAUAUGGACAACCAGGUGCAGCGCCAUUGGCCAAUCCUGCUAGCACCAUCUUUCCAAGCGGUACAGCAACUGAGAUCCUGCUCGAGUACCAGAAGCGCAUCGGCAAAAAGAUCGAGCCCGACUCGGUGCGAUACCUGUACCAGCUCAUUCGCUCGGGUCCGAGUGACGGAUCGAUGGAAGAGAUGCUGGCUCAUAUGCUGACCCAGACUGGCUACCACGAUGCUGCAGCCGAGGCGACAGCUGCUGCUGCUGCGCAGACGGCGGCUGCCACAGCUGCUGGCAUGUCGACCUAUCCUCGUCCAAGCACAAACGCUGCAUACAUGGCGACAGGAUUCUCAUCGCCAUCGUCGUUGGUUGCGCGCACAGGUGCGAGCAGUGCGGUUGCAGGUGCUGCAGAUCGACGUGGAAUGCCAUUCGCGUCUGCGGCCAAGGGUGCUACGUCACAUGCUCUGCCCAGCACGAGCGAGCCUUCGAUGAUGCAACAGCUGGCGAUUAUGCUGAGCGACACCAGCAAUCGUUUCAACCCUGCCUUGGCCAGCUCGAUUCUUGGCCAGUUGAGCAGCAACGCUGCUGCCCAAGCUGCAGCCAGAGCAGCCGACCUGCCAGGCAUGACAACUGGACCGCCGCUUCCUGCUGUUCCUGCGCGCACGCUUGCGGCUGCGGCUGCGCCUGCAGCUUCGGGGCCCACACCGUCGGCGUCGUCGCAGCUGGCGUCGGCGCUAUCGAGUCUUGCUGGCCAGACAUCUCAGCACGACCUGGACUCAGCCGUAUCCGAGACGUUGGCAGCUGCUCUGCAGCAGAUCGGAGCAGCGCCGACGGCCGACGACAAGGCUGUGGAAGAGGGCGCCAAAGAGGUGGUGUCAACCGAGGAGGUGGGAGCGGCCAAGACAGUGGAAGCUGCGAGCGCAGCAGCUGGAACGGCGGGCGAAGGCGAAGAAGGCAUCGAUCUGGCCGAGUACGAGGAUGCGAUUCGCGCGCUCACGUCGGCGUUUGCAAACGCGGACGACGAUGCCGAUUCGGACGAAUCCGAUGUCGAGGCGGACGAACGCGCGAUUGCAGCGGCCGAGGCCGAGCCCGACUCGGUGGACGAGCCGGGCGGUAGUACGAUCGAAGCCGGCCAGGCAGAUGUGCGGCAGGAAGACGCAGGCGAUACGGACGAAGACGACGACGACGACGACGAAGAGGAGGCUGCGGAAGAAGGGCAGCAGAUGGAUCUUUCCGCGGUUCUACGCCAGCUCACGGCAUCGUUGCAGGCUCAUCACGAAAAUGCUUCCGACGGCGAGGAUGCCGGAAAGGGCCAGAUUCAGGACGAGAGUGCAGCCACACAAAGCCAACAACCAGAGGCAGACCACUCUCAAGCCGACGACAGACGCGCGGAUGCUGAGAUGGAGGAUGUCGACGCGGCUGCUGAGGAGCCACACACUAGCAAUGGCGAGACAGCCGAGGCGGAAGCAGCGGAAGCAACGGAGACAGGAGCUCAAGACGCAGGGUCAAUUCAGGCACAGUUGGAAGCGCUCGUGGCCAGCCUGGCUGCCAACGCGGGCAAUGUCGACGAGCACGGCGAAAACGACGAAGAUGAGGAUGAUGAAGAUGAUGAGCAGGACGAGGAGGAGGGAAACGCGGGCGAGGCGGACUGA